UGUGCGCAGACACCACAGAGCAAAUCAGUUACUAUGAGUCGUCUCUAAUUGUAAAAGUAAAUGUUAUGUUUUAUUUUAUUUUCCCUAAACUAGACCGUUUCUUCCGUUUUAGGCCAAAAGUAUUUCAAGGAUGUCAUAGUAUAUAACAAAUCGUGUGUGGAUAUCACGGAAGGAAACAGGUGAGGCACGAGGAGGAGUUUUCUCGAGCCGACUGACAACGUGACGCUCCUGACAUGCACAGAAAAGCCUGGAUUGAAGUGAAGACUCGGACCAGACAGAAGUGGACUGAGAGAGCGAUGCUGCUGACGGCACUGGCCACUUGCCACUGUGGUCCGCGACACUGCGUCGUGCAGAGGAACCUGCUGCUCAGUUACCGACCCAUCAUCGGUGUUUUAGCACAGGAAAACCGUUCGGAAGAUGAGUUUGCUCAGGGAUCCUCCUACAUUGCUGCGUCCUACAUCAAAUAUCUGGAGGGAGCUGGGGCCAGAGUUGCACCCAUCAGAAUGGGUCUCAAAGACAAAGAAUAUGUUCGGUUGUUCUACUCAAUAAAUGGGUUGCUGUUGCCAGGAGGAGACAUUGACCUGCGCACAUCCAAUUCCAACCGAGUUGCCAGGAUCUUUUACAGAUUGGCUCUGAAGGCAAACAAUACUAAGGACUACUUUCCCAUCUGGGGAAUUUGCCAGGGCUUUCAGCAGCUGUCAUUUUUCACAGCCAACAAAUACUUGCUUACUCAAACCAAUACGAAGGGUGUGGCUCUACCUCUCAACUUCACACAAGAAGCCCAGUCCAGCCGUCUGUUUCAGAGUCUUCCCAGUGAUGUGAUGCAGUGUCUAGCCAAGGAAAACAUCACUAGUAACUUUCACAAUUACAGUCUAUCAAUGCAGAACUACACUGAAAAUCCCAAGCUGAGGAUGUUUUACAGGAUCCUGUCCACUAAUAUUGAUGAGGGGGUAGAAUUCAUCUCAACCAUGGAAGGCUACCGUUACCCAUUUUACGCACUUCAGUGGCAUCCAGAGAAAUGCCCCUAUGAGUGGGUUGAUAAGCCGGGGAUGGUCCACACCACAUCAGCUACAAGAACCUGCUUCUACACUGCCAGCUUCUUUGUCUCUGAGGCCAUGAAGAACAGCCACCGUUUCUCCUGUCCUAAGGAGGAAGAGAAAGCCCUCAUCUACAAUUAUCCACCCUUCUUCACAAGCAUGGAUGCCAUAUUUAUUCAGAAUUAUUACUUUGAUUAAUGGACUGUUCUGAAUGUGAAACAGACCUGGGGUAUGUGCAAAUCCACGCCCCACUUGACCUGGUAUGACAUGCAUCAUACCAGGUGCAUCGACAAACCACAACAGGAGGAGGUAUGUUGACAUGUGGUCUGUCUCUUUAUUUUCCUCUCAACCUUCCACAUCAUUGGUUGGAGGAUGCAUAUGGCCACAUUCCCGAGCUGUAUGAAUCAUACUGACAUGACAGAAAACUGAGGUUUGUGUAGUGUGCACCACCACCCAUCCCGGGUGAAUGUUUAGCUUUAGUCAAAAAUGAAACUUAUAAUAACAUUAUAAUUAUAUAUAAUUAUAAUUAUAACAUGUAGGCUACCACAUUUUUACUAUUCCUAUGAGCACAUAUCACUUUUGAAAACAUGCCUUGAUUCUGCUAGUCUUUAAAAAAAAAAAACAGAUUUGCCAGUUGACAGGUGUCAAAAUGUUCACCUUCUUUAUCUCCUCCAGGGGGGUCACAAAAUGUUGCAUUAUUGGAGUUCACAUAGAUUGUUAUUAUUAUCUUCUGUGUCAAUAGUUUCAAAAAAGAAUGGAAACAUUGAAUGUUUUGGCUUGAUAGCUUAUUGUCUGCACCAGUCAAACACUUACAGGAAAUCAGAUUUUCAUUGAUUAUUCCCACCUGUGAGAAAAUAACUUAUCUGGAUUUGGGAAAUGGUUGCCUUCAUGCUGACACUUAUUUUUUAUUUUUUUUUCACGAGUUCACUGAAAGUACUUGGUUUUCUAACAGUGUGAAAAAAAAACAGAAAACACACAUAAUGACCUGUCCAUGUGAAAAAUGCAACCACAGUAUAAAGAAUGUGACACCAAUCCAACUGUUUCCAUAGUUUGUGCUCUGAAUCAUGUAGCUUCCAGUUCUGGUGUGGGAAGUUUGAGGAUUUUGGAGGCUCUUUCAUAUACUGUAUGUAAAACAUAUAUAAAUAAACAGAUUUUUA